AUGCUUAUCCAUUCUAGGCUAGGCCUUAUGGAUCAAGUAAACGUGACAGUGAACGCAACAAACAACGCGACAGGCGUCAAAGAUGAAGAAUGGACGGACUCGGUGGCAUUCAAGAUACGGACCGCCAUACUACUCCUGAUUGUCAUCAUGGCUGUACUUGGCAACAUGCUGGUCAUCGUCAGUGUUAUGAGGCACAGAAAACUGCGCGUAAUCACCAACUAUUUCGUCGUAUCGCUUGCAUUCGCUGACAUCCUGGUAGCGAUGGUCGUGAUGCCGUUCAACUUCAGCGUGCAAUUCUACAACGAAUGGAUCUUUGGAACUGUCAUUUGUGAUCUGUGGAAUUCAUCAGAUGUCUACUUCACGUCUACGUCUAUAUUGCAUCUGUGCUGCAUUUCGGUGGAUAGAUAUUACGCUAUCGUAAAACCUUUGAAGUAUCCCAUCAAGAUGACUAAAAAGAUGGCGUUUGUUAUGUUAGCUGCAACGUGGCUGAGUCCAAUAACAAUAUCAUAUGCUCCUAUCUUUAUGGGCUGGUACACCACUAGUGAAUACAUCAGAACAAGAGUACAAAACCAAUGCGAGUUUAAAGUUAACAAGCCAUACGCAGUUAUAUCAAGCUCCAUUUCUUUCUGGAUUCCUUGUACUAUCAUGAUAUUCACCUACUUGGCGAUAUUCAAAGAAGCAAACCGCCAAGAAAAAGCUUUACAUGCACGGGCAGGCAAUGCAAUGUUAAUGCAUCGACAUUCAAGAGAAGUUGGUGAUAAGAAUGGCGCACUUCACAUCAAUGCCACCACUCCAACCAAAGAUAAAAAUAUCCUUAAAAUGAAAAGGGAGCAUAAAGCAGCCAGGACCUUGGGUAUCAUCAUGGGAGCUUUUAUUCUAUGCUGGCUGCCUUUCUUCCUAUUUUACUUGUCCACCUCGUUAUGUGAUACUUGUGAAUAUCCAGAAGUCUUAACUGUAAUCAUGUUUUGGACUGGUUACUUCAACUCUGCGUUGAAUCCCAUAAUCUACGCGUAUUUCAAUAGGGAUUUUCGAAAUGCAUUUAAGAAUACCUUAGCUUGUGCGUUCUGUAGUUUCUGUCGUCGUAAUUCGAUGGACUCUAGUGCGCUGGAGAGGCUGGACAGGCGUAGUUCGACUCAACUAAGAGUGCCAGUCUCCUCGAGAAGACAAUCGGAUCUAGCAUCCCUUUGA